AUGGCGCAUCUACUGCCCCCAGCAGGAGUCCAGGAACCUAAAGGAGACCAGUUCCGCUUUCAUAGUGUGGUAGAGAACACGGCCUGCGAUCGUCGAUAUGAUGAUAUCCCAGUCAAUAUUCACGACUACAGGUGGACCGAUUACGCAGAAGAAGAUCGCAAGUGCCGGGCACAGAACCAGCAGUAUGCUCGCCAGCAGCAACAGUCUGACAUCCACAGAGCUAAAACAGAAUGGGCAGCUCAACGUGCAGGCAGGACCAGCUCAGGUCAAGGCUACACUGUCCCGGGUCAGAGUUCAUCGGGUCACUGUGGUGGAAGUCAUGGCCCCGGAGUAGCUGCCCAAUGGGGUUUCUGUCCUCCCAUCGGGGUAGAUCCCAGGAGUUUGAUCAGGCCACUAAGCCAAUCGGUGGACAGCUCAACCAGACCUACAGGGGAUCCAUAUUUUGCUCAAGACUCGCAGCCAAGCUGCCCACCACACCGUGCCCCAUUGGCCAGGAAAGGGGGCUUCAACUUCCAGAAUUGGUUGGAUUCUUACAACAAACGCCUACCACCAGCCCACCUCAAGGAAACCUGCGUCCCCUCUCUCUGCACAUGGUGCCGUCCCAUUUAUGUCGACUGCUGUCCCGACUACCUGAACCCAUGGGCCUAUUCUAUAGCCCACGUGGGACCGUUUUACAGUUGA